AUGUUUAAUCUUCGUUCCUUUAUUUUAGGCGUUGGUUCCAUUGGUACUUUUCUUGAAGGUCCAGUUAUUGGUUGGAUUGUUGCUCAAUAUGGUUGGUCAGCUAUGUUUACUUGCAUGAUUUUAUUAAGUGUUUUUGGUGCAAUAACAUCAUUUCGAGCUGCUCAUUAUCAACGUAUGAUCAAACUUUCACCAGCUGCAUCAUCAUCAUCACUCAAUCAAAUUAUUUCGUAG